CCCGCCGCCCGGCUCGGCUGUAGAUCGCGCGCGCCCGGGGUGGGAGCCCGCGGCCGCGAGGUAGGGGAGACCAGGCUUCCCCUCCCCCGCCCCGCUGUGGUUACCCCGAGAUGCCCAGGCGCCCCGGAGCCGGGCGCAGGUGGCGAGUGACGGGGGUGCGCGUGCCCGGGGGCUGUCUGUCCUCAGCUUCUAGAGACCUUACAUACCGCCAUGGCCGGGCUACUGAAGAGGAAGUUUGACCAGCUGGAGGAGGAUGACGCUAGCUCCUCCUCCUUGUCCUCUGGCAGUCUGUCUCUCUCUUCCUCCCCUGGCUCUUCUGUCGACCCUGCCUGGAACUCAGAUGAGGAGGGACCGUGUGGCCCGCCAUCCCGGCCUGAUCAGGACUCCUGCGGCCCCCAAAGUUUUACCCCCCCAUCCAUCCUGAAGCGAGCUCGGCGGCAGCGUCCGGGCCGAGUGGCCUUUGAUGGCAUCACUGUCUACUAUUUCCCCCGGUGUCAGGGCUUCACCAGCGUGCCCAGCCGCGGUGGCUGCACCUUGGGCAUGGCUUCUCGCCACAGCGCUUGCCGCCUCUUCUCCUUAGCCGAGUUUACACAGGAGCAGGCCCGGGCUCGGCGUGAGAAGCUCCGUCAGCGCCUGAAGGAGGAGCAACUGGAGGCGCUGAGGUGGAAGCUGUCGGUGGCCGGCGUUCCGGAGACAGGGGCGCGCGUGCCCCUCACGGUGGACGCCAUCGACGACGCCUCUGUGGAGGAGGGCUUGGCCGUGGCCGUGGCGGGCGGCCGCCUGGAGGAGGUGAAUUUCCUGCAGCCCCAUCCGCCUCGGCAGCGCCGGGCCCUGCUCCGCGCCUCCGGCGUGCGGAGGAUCGACAGGGAGGAGAAGAGGGAGCUGCAGGCGCUGCGCCAGUCCCGGGAGGACUGCGGCUGCCACUGUGACGGAGUCUGUGACCCCGAGACCUGCAGUUGCAGCCUGGCGGGCAUCAAGUGCCAGAUGGAUCACACGUCGUUCCCCUGUGGCUGCUGUAGUGAGGGCUGCGAGAACCCCAACGGUCGAGUGGAGUUCAAUCAGGCCAGGGUUCAGACACACUUCAUCCACACGCUCACCCGCCUGCAGAUGGAGCAGGGUGCCGAGAGCCUGGGGGACGCCGAGUGCCUGGUGCAGGACAGUCCUGCUGAGCAAGCCUUGGCUUCGCCCUUUCCGCUGGCCACGCCGCCGGGGAGCAGCGAGCUGGGAGACCACAGCUGCAGCAGCGACAUGACGGACUCGUCCACGGCCUCGUCCUCCGGCAGCGGUGACUCUCCAGACGGCCUUGCCCACCCAAGCCUCGCAGCUCCCAGCUUCCGGUCCGACGUCGAUGAGGACAGCCUGGUACAGAUCCUGAAUUUCAGCGACUCUGACCUGGGAGUCGAGGAGGAACAGGAGGAGGGAAGGGGCGUGGACGGCUUGGAUAACCUCAGCUGCUUCCAUCUGGCUGACAUCUUUGGUGCCGGUGACCCUGGCAGCCUGGCCAGCUGGACUCACAGCCAGUCUGGCUCAAGCCUUGCAUCGGGCAUCCUAGAUGAGAAUGCCAACCUGGAUGCCAGCUGCUUCCUAAACAGCGGACUUCAGGGGUUGAGAGAAGGCAGCCUCCCUGGCAUUGCCGAGUCCCCUGGGGUGGAGGCUGCCCAGAGCGGCUCUGGGGACCUCAGUUUAUCUUCCUGUGACUCCUUUGAACUGCUGCAGGCCCUGCCAGAUUACAGUCUGGGACCCCACUAUACUUCCCGAAGGGUAUCAGGCAGCCUGGACAGCCUUGAGGCCCCCCACCCUUUGCCCAGCCUCUCGCCACCGAGGGAUGCCAGCGCUUGCUUCCUGGAGUCUCUCAUGGGCCUGUCGGAGCCGGUUACUGGCGUCCUGGCACCCCUUUUGGAGAGCCAGUUUGAGGACACUGCCUUGGCACCUUUGAUGGAGCCUGUGCCCGUGUAAGGACUGAGGUGCCUUUCGCCUGUCCCCAGAGCCCCAGUUGCUUCUUGUGUGAUUUGGGGGUUCCCCAAGGUCUAUGUAUGUAACGGUCUCCCAUGGGCUGGUCCUGGCCAUGGGUGCUACGUGGGCACCCUCUAUUUUUACAUUAACACUCUAAAUUUAUUUAUUUUAAUUUUUUAUUUUUUACUUUCUGUACUGAAGGAAGGGUGGGAAGGGGGUACCCCUCUUUCAAUACCUAGCCUCUCGCUAUCCAAACAGUCUUCCACCUCGCACUGUGUGCCCAAAGGAAGAAGGGGCAGGGCUCUCGUGGAGCCUCACACACCUUCCUUUACUGUAAGAUGCUCCUUGGCCCAAAGACAGCACUAGAGGGAAGCAGGCCCUUAAGGCUUCCUGUGAACCACGCGAGCUGAUCUUCUGGACUGUGAAGAUGUAAUUUAUUUCUGUAAUUUAUUUGGGGACUGAGACAGCAGUGCCUGGGCCUCUCUGGCAGGUAGGCAGUGUUGGGGCCGAGUCCCUUCAGUGUAUGCGGCCAGUCUGGGCUUUGGUGUGGCCGUGUGCAUUUGGGCCUGUGGUCUCCUCCGUCAGUGGCCUGGCUCCUGAGAUGAGCAGGCGGGGGAUGUGCUUGACCAGCCGUGACCAAACCCCCCCCCCGGCCAGCCACUCUGAUUGCCCUUCGGCCAGUUUGCUUUCCCCUGAGGCCAUGGCUCGUAAAUCCCUCCUGUAGGGUGGAGAGCCAGAGGCCCCAAGAGGGGCAACAGGCUUGCCUCAGGACGUGAAGCACCCCAGAGACCGCUGUCUCGGGCCCUCUGGGCACUGAGUCCGUCCUGGCCUGCCACUGUUGGCAAGGGGUUGGCUCUUGAGGGCUUUUAUGCCCUUCAUUAGCUGAUGUUGGAUUUUGUAUGCAUUUUUAUAUUGUCUCGAAGUGUCAGAAGUAUAAUUUAUUCAUUUCUUUGUGUGUGUGUGCCAAGAAACGCAGGCUCUGGGCCUGCCUCCUUGCCCAGGAGGAGGCCUUGCCAGCCUGUGUGCUUGUGGGAACACAUCGUACCUGAGCUGACAGGUACCAAUAAAGAUGCUCUAUUUUUAA